UCGGGCGCCCCGAUAUCAAUCGCAGGGUCGAAGUCCCCCACCCACUCCGAAGCCGCCUGGAACCUCUUCGCCACUCUGUUCCGUCCAGCAACGAGCUGACCGACCAAACCGAGUUCCUGUCCGUCACGAUGGCAAGGGCCGAAGAUAUAGAGGCCUUCAUAGGCAUCACUGGCGCCAGCCACACGGCUGCCGAACACAUGCUUGAGCUCUGCGGCUCCCAGUUGGAGCAAGCGGUUCAACUCUGGUUCGCCGACGAAGACCUGCAACGGUCACUGAGCGACGCCGGCCCCUCGACUGCCACCGCAGCGUCGACCAGCCGCUCCAGCAGACCGACCCGCCCGCAAAUCGGCCGUCAAGACUCGCAGGGUGUUAUUCACAUCGACUCAGACGACGACGACGUGCCUAUGACCGAGGACGAGGGGGACGAUGCUGAUGAGGUUGCUAAUAUUGCCAGGAAGGCCCAAGAGGAGGAGGACGCCGCCAUGGCAAAGAGGCUACAGGAGGAGCUGUAUAGUGGCGCGGCAGCAGGUGAAGGCAGUGUCCGAGCUCCGAUGGCGCGCACAACCGAGACGCUGGUCGGCCCGAGCUAUGGUGCCGACGACGAUGAUGGGCAUGCUGUCGUGUUAGAGCAACUACGUAGGAGACAGCAGGCUAGAGCUCGCCCGCCCAAUAACCCUUUCGCCCAGUCCGUCUGGGAGGAGAACGUCCCAUCGUCACGCGCUUCGUCGCAGGGGACCGGGACGGCAGGGCGCAGCCACGCAUCCCGGCUGGCAGAGCUGUUCCGCCCGCCAUACGAGUUGAUGGCGCACCUUAGCUGGGAUGCGGCCCGCGAAGAGGGCAAAGACAACAAGAAAUGGAUCCUGGUCAACCUCCAGGACAUGUCGGACUUCAACUGCCAGGCCCUGAACCGCGAUAUUUGGAAGGACGAGGCUGUCAAAGCUCUGGUCAGGGAGAACUUCAUCUUCCUCCAAUACGACAAGGACGACUUUGCUGCAGAGCAAUACAUCACCUUCUACUUCCCCAACGAGGGCCACCUGAACCCGAACAACUACCCUCAUGUCUCGAUUAUCGAUCCGCGAACUGGCGAGCAGGUCAAGGUCUGGAGUGGGACCCCCUUCCCGAAGGCGCUCGAAUUUCACGCGCAGCUUGCCGAGUUCCUGGACCGGUACAGCCUGUCCGCCAACAGCAAGAAUCCGGUCUCCAAGAUCAAGCGGCCCGAGCGGAUGGUGGAUGUAGAUCGGAUGACGGAGGAGGAAAUGCUCGAGAUGGCGCUGCAGAACAGCCUCGACGCGAACGGAGGCCCGAGCCGGCCAAGCAUCGCAGACCCGGACGAGCUCACCAGAUCGACGGGCUCCGUGGCAGAGGAAAACGGCAAAGAACCCGCCGAAGCCGAGCCCGCAGCAUCAGCGGCGCAACAGUCCGUCUUCGCCAGAAUACCUUCGGACAGGCCACAUGUCGAGCCGCCGGCGGACCCGCAGACCACGACCAGGCUGCAGGUCCGGAAUCCGCCUGGGCGCAUCAUCCGCCGCUUCCGCUUGGACGACCGUGUUUCGCGGAUCUACGAGUGGCUCAAGGCGGAGCCGCUGCCCGGCAAGGAGGGCGUCGAGUUCGAGCUCAAGUCGAUGCCGCAGGGCACGGACCUGAUCGAGCAUCUAGAUGAGACUAUCCAAGAGGCCGGGCUUGCCAAUGGGACGGUCAUGCUCGAGUUCAUCGAGGAGUAGGGGCAUUUCAUCAGCUUUCCAACAAGCUUGACCCCACUCUGGGCUCGAUCUUUCUUUUUUCGCUUUCCACAUCGUGGCCGCUUUUCUCCUCUUUGGCUUGGGCAUGGAUGGCAGGGAUGGUAUUACCCCACUAGAAGGGCGCAGUCAGACGUGAGCAUGGGAGGUUAGACUGCCCUUUGACCACGAUGCGGUGGCUUUUCUUU